ACCGAAGCAAAAGGUAUCAGUUACUUGCUUCCAGUCCACAAGUGACCACAACAUGAAAGUCUUCGUUUGUUUGAUGGCCGUUAUGGCUGCUGCUUCGGCAGGACAUUUGGGUGGCGGCGGCGGUGGCGGCGCCAUUGGAGGAUUCGGCGGCGGCGGAUAUGGCGGUGGUCACGGAGGAUUCGGCGGCGGAUCUGGUGGAUUCGGUGGUGGCCACGGAGGAUAUGGUGGCGGUGGAUUCGGUGGCGGACUUGGUGGCGGUCACGGAGGAUACGGUGGAGGCGGAUUCGGAGGAGGACUCGGCGGCGGUCAUGGUGGAGGACUCGGUGGAGGACUUAGUGGAGGAUUCGGUGGUGGCCACGGAGGAUACGGUGGUGGUGGAUUCGGAGGUGGUGCUGGCGGCGGAUCCGUCAAAAUCAUCAAGAUUAUUGUCCCAAGCGGCGGUAGCGGAUUCGGAGGUGGACAUGGUGGCGGAUUCGGUGGUGGAUUAGGUGGCGGAUUCGGCGGUGGCCAUGGAGGCUACGGCGGUGGUGGAUUCGGAGGUGGACAUGGUGGAUCCAUCGGCGGUGGUUUCGGUGGUGGCUUCGGAGGUGGCCAUGGUGGCUCCAUCGGCGGCGGUAGCUACGGCGGUGGCUACGCUAAGGGAUGGUGGUAAACUACGUAAAUACCACUCACCUGCACUGUGAUUGAGGCUAGAGUUUUUACAAUCUCCAGUGAUGUUCUGUUAUAUAAUCCAAAUGUCUUGUACAAUAAUAUUUUAUAAUAAAAAAUGUUAAAAUUUAGAGAAAAAAACCCUUUUUUUGCACCAUAUCCAAUGAAUGAAAGAUCAAUCCAUUAA